CUGAUAUUUGCUCAAAAUGUUCAAUCCUAAAUUAAAAUUGUUCGAUCUCAAAUUCAAAAUUUAUAUAGAUAAACUAGUUUUCAUGUAAUACGAUUCAGUGAUUCUGUUCCAAAACCAUUAAACAUUUGAACUUUUAUACCAUUUUAUUUAAAACUGGUAAAUUUACACAUAAUGGAUAAUCUAAGCACUAUUUCAUAAUUGGCUUGGAGUUUUCUAGACUGAUGAUAGCGUCGGUUUCGUGCAAAAGGAGAACAACUCAAAAUAUGUGCUUUUAAAAUUUGGACGCAAAUGAUGUAAAACUAUGUGAACUUUCAUUACAUAAAUAACCGUUCCGAAAUUCGUUGAAACACUUUAGAUUUAGAUAUUUCUAUCAAUGUUGUACAAUAAAAGCACAACUCAAAUCGUCUAGUCCAAUUAUGAGUAAUAAUAAAAUAAAUGAGUGAUUUUGUAGGUUGUAAUUUGGGAGCCCUCCGAAGUUUUUCUUAAAUUUGCAUUUUUGAGUUGUGUUCUUCUUUCCAAAGGCGACGAACUAUAGUUAUGUAAUUUACCUUGAAUAUAAUUUGAAACAAAUUAAUUUUAUUACACUCCGGCUCAAACAGUCUAUUCUCAUUAUCGUCUGUCGUAAUAUAGUGCAAUAAAGAUUUAUCUUGUUGCAAAGUAUGUAGUGUUUUCUGCCUGUGACUGUCCUUCUGUCAUACAUUUUGUUUCUAGUGUUUCCUGCGGUGCGUCAACUUGGGGAACAAGUUGACAAUGGGGUUGGGGAUGUUUUGUUCAACAUUGAUGACCUUAUGGUCGGUGAUGGCUUUCCGGCACGAAACAUGUUCUACAACCAUCUCAGUCAAAUCUCAUGCUCCACCCUAGUUUCGACUGAUGAUGACAGCAUGCUCGAUCUGAGUAUGUGUGACAACCUGUAUCCUGAGCAUACAGGGCAGGGUAAGAAAAUAUAUUAUUUUUGGAUGUUAUAUUAUGCAAACUGACUUUCUGAUACAUACCUUAAUCGUAGUGUUCCCACUGGUUCGCUUGCUUGACAAUCGUGCUCACAACAUCAUUGGUAAUCCGGGUGUUGGGGAGAUUUCGGUCAAUACUGUUGAUCUUAUGGUCGGUGAUGUUCCACCGGUGCCAAAUUCAUCUCGCAAUCGAAUAGAUCAAAUCAGUGAAAUCAACUUGCGUGAAGAACGUGUGGAUUUCUCGUAUCCCGAGCAUUCAGUCCAGGGUAAGUAACAAUAAUAAUGUCUAAGUGUUUUGAUUCAUUAACAAUAUUAAAAUUUUGUUUAUAGCGUUCCCACCGGUUCCAUCAUCUGAUUUACAAGUCGGAAUCACCGUUGGUAAUCCCGAUGGUGGAAAUACUUUGGUCAACUUUGAUGACCCUAUGGUCGGUGAUGUCACACUGACGCAAAACUCAUGUGGUUCUGGAACUUUGACAGCAGUCGAAAACGUGCCAGAACAAAACAUUCGUGGCGGACACGUUGGCUUCUCGUCUCCUGAGCAUUCAGGCCAGGGUGAGCAACUGCACUUAUUUUGAAGUUUUACAUGUAACCAUUUUGUUACCCCACAUUCCUCUUACUUUCCAGAACCAUUUGAGCCGAACCUAGAAGGCGCAACGAAGGAAUUCAAGAAGCGAUUUGUCAACAAUCGUUUUGGAUUCCCUUGUGGCGUAUGCGACAGGCUAUGGUUUUCAAAUGACUUAAAACUGCUCAGUAAUGCCGAAGCGAUGGUGUUAGCCGGCACCAAUUUGGAAACCACAGGCUUGUCUGCAUGCGUCACAUGUAGGACCAGCCUGAAACAUGGAAAGGUUCCAUUGUUGGCUGUAUCCAAUGGCUUCCAGUUUCCAGAAUAUCCGUCGAAUCCGCAUCUGCCACCGUUGGACCCGAUCAGUGAGCGCUUCAUUUCGCCACGGUUGCCGUUCAUGCAAAUUCGGCGACUGCGCUUUGCAGCCGGCAGUUACGGCAUCAUUGGUCAGGUGAUCAACGUGCCUGUAGAUGUGGAUCAGAUGGUCAGGGAGCUGCCUCGCCAACUCGACGAUGACAGAGCCAUCAAUGUCUCUAUUAAGAAGCAUUUGGUGCACAAGACCAGCUACCUGUCUGGAUGGGUGAAGAAGGCAACUAUCAGAGCCUGGUUGCAGUAUCUGGUGACUACCCCGCUUUACCGUCACUACGGUAUAACCUUCAGCGAGGAUAACCUGCAGGCCAUUGAUAUCCACCCUCGAGUUGAUGAUGCCAUCGAAAACCUGGAAAGUGAAAACGACAUCGAAAUGCUGAUUGGGCAGCAGCAGACCUUGCUUUGGAAUGAGGAUAAAUGUUUGGAGAUAGCUCCGGGGCAGAACAGAGUGCCAUUGUCCAUCAUUUACGAUGAGCACGCUGAGGAGCUGUCAUUUCCGGAUAUUUAUCUCGGACAACCAAGAAGGUUCAAUUCGGAAAUACGAGUGACGCCGUUCAUGAUGGCCACCAGUGAAUUGCGACGUCGGGAUCGACGGGCAGCCAAACCGAAGCAUCUUCUGUAUGUGGCAAUGAAGAUUCUUCGUCUACGCGUUUCUGAAGGACUUCAAAACACAUUUCGGUGUAUGGGAACCGCAAAUAUUACACGCGAAAUGCUGAAUGACAGGGAAUUUCUCGAGCAAUGCAUCGAUCGAAACCUGUCUUUCUUAAAGUCGAUCCCAAAUUCGGUGCAGUAUUGGCAGCAGCGCAAACGUGAUCUAUUUGCGAUGAUCCGGCAGCUAGGGAAACCCACAAUGUUCCUCACUUUGAGUGCUAGUGAGACAAAGUGGCCACUUCUACUGGAAACACUGCAGAGAUUGUCGGGAGGAAAUAUAAAUGGCAACGUUAUGCAGACGCUAUCGGCUUUACAACGGGCAACACUCGUGAACGAAGAUCCAGUGACUUGCUGUGUGUACUUCAACAAACUUGUUGAUGUUAUAAUGCAACUCUUGCAGUCUUCGAGGUACAGCCCGUUUGGAGAGUACCGUGUUGUGGAAUUCUUCAAGCGGAUCGAGUUCCAACAUCGCGGAAGUCCCCACGCCCACAUACUGCUCUGGUUAAACAACGAUCCUAAUGAAGCAGUUUCGGAGAACAUGCCCGCCACAGCGCAUCUGAUCGAUAGCCUUUGCUCCGUGAAGGCAGUUGAUCUACCGGAAAGCUACGGAAACCAAGUGCAUAAGCACACCUUCACUUGCUUCAAGCGGGGCGAGAAAAGCUGCCGGUUCAAUAUCCCGUACUGGCCGACGGAUCAAACUAGGGUAUUGCUGCCACUUCCGGUGGAUGAUGGACGCCGUACACAGCUGAAGAAACGAUCCACCGAAAUACACAAUCUGUUGGAGACCAAAACGUUCGAAACGUUCGCCGAGUUUCUCCACGGUUGCAAGUGUACGAUUGAAAGUUAUCUCGAUAUUAUUCGUGCAUCGAUAAAACGGCCAACCGUGUUGAUCAAACGCUCGAUGACAGAGCUAUGGACCAACCCGUUCAACCCGUGGAUCGCCAACAUUUUGCAGUCAAACAUGGAUCUUCAGUUCAUUCUCGAAGAGUUCUCUUGUGCAGCGUACGUAGUCGAGUACGUCAACAAGGCAAAUCGCGGCAUAAGCAGUCUUCACCGUGACCUUGUGCAGCUUUCAGAGCAGUUCCCGGAUUGUGACCAUUUGUCGCUGCUGAAGAAAGUCGGCCUCAAGAUGCUGAACUCUGUCGAAAUGUCUGCACAAGAAGCUGCAUGGUAUCUCCUACGCCAACCGAUGUCCGAAGCCAGCAGAAAAGUAGAAUUCAUCCCAACCAUGUGGCCGCACGAGAGGACCAAGACACGGAAGCGUACGCAGCAAAUGAACGAUGAAGGAAUUGCUGACGAUUCUACCGACAUUUGGACAUCCAAUGUGAUUCAAAAGUACGAAGCACGUGAGGAAUUAGAUGAUGUAUGCUUAGCCGAUUUUGCCGCUUACUACACGAAAGUUCAGAACACGGCUAAUUCAUACCAUCGUCGAACCACUGCACGAGUGCUACGUUGGCGCGGGUACCCCAUGACCGAUCUUCACAACUACAAGCGUGAGAUGGUACUACUUUUCCUUCCGUUCCGCAAUGAAAUGCUGGACUUGCUUGAUUGCAACAAAUUCCUCCAGUUGUACGACGAGCAUGAAAGCGGUUUGUUGCAAAAGCGAAAGGAAUACGACUGCGAGUUCAAUCUCGAGCAGACGGUCGAUGAAUAUCUGCGCAUGUGUGGCGCAAACGCUGACGAAGAACAAGAAGCAGCGACCGACAAGCACAACGAAUGUGUCCGAACGAUAACUAUGGAGCCCAAUGACGACGACAUCCAGAACUUGCCGACUCAUACCUUGACUGCAGUUGUCAAACAACGGUCCAAUGUGAUGAGUAAGCAAGCUUACUGCGAAAUGGUCCGUGCCACAAACCCCGAACAGCGUGCUUUGGUUCUCCACGUCAUACACUCGAUCCAUAGUUUCGAUGGCGCCCGAAAACCGUUGCAGAUCUUCUUUACUGGCCCGGCUGGUAGCGGUAAAACUUUUACAUUGCGUGUCCUGAUGGAAACGUACAAUCGUUUCAGCCAAGCACAUAAUGCACAAAACAACGCAUAUGUUGCAUGUGCUUCGACUGGGAAGGCUGCCGUUGCGAUUGGUGGAACGACGGUGCAUUCUGCUUUCCGCUUGACUAUGUCGCGCAGGAACAAUGCAAAGUUGAGCUUCGAAAUCCUCCAGCUGUAUCGGAAUGCCUUCGCGCAUGUACAAGCAAUAAUUGUCGACGAGGUAAGCAUGAUCGGGGCUAAUAUCCUGGAUUCAAUUCACGCAAGGCUACAGGAUAUAAGAGGAGAGUACGACGAUGCCUUCGGUGGAAUAGACAUUAUCCUUGUUGGAGACUUCCGCCAGCUGCCGCCAGUGAACGCUAGAUUUAUCUGGAAACCGCCAGCAAACUCCAUGCAUGGUGCUGUGUUGUGGCAAUCGCUCAAGUUUUAUCCUCUUGUCAGAGUCAUGCGGCAGAGUGACGAACAGUUUUCCGCUGUGCUGACAAAGAUCGGAAAUGGCACUCGAUUAUCGGAUGAAGAAACGCAGCUUAUCGAAAGUCGCUUCCGAACGGCAGACUGGUGCAAGCAGAACGUUCCUAAUGCAAUUCGUCUCUUCCACCGAAACCUUGAUGUGGACCAAUACAACAACGACAUACUGAGGGAAACGGAUGGACUAGAUUGUUUGGCGGAGGAUGUUUUCAGUGGGUACCGUAGUGACGAGCAAUUGGCAAGUGCAAGGAACAAGCUUCACAAAAUGAGCGUUGUAGAAGCUGGUGGAUUGCCAUAUCUGCUGCGUCUCACCGUUGGAAUGCCGUACAUGAUAACUACAAACGUUGAAGUAGAAGAUGGCAUCGUCAAUGGGGCAAUUGGCGAACUCAUGUACGUAGAGCAGAGCGAAGAUGACCAUCAGCAAACAGUGCGGUUAUGGUUCAGAUUUGAGAACGAAGCAAUCGGAUCUAAGCUGCGGAUCAAAUCAAGACCUCUCGUGUAUUCGAGACCCGGCAUCCUGCAACCAAACUGGACACCAAUUACGAAACGGUCUGCAAACAUUACCCUCGGCAACAUGAAAUGCAAAAGAGUUCAGUUCCCUGUGGUUAGUGCAUGCGCUCUGACUGUACACAAAUCGCAGGGAGGAACCUUUCCGCAAAUCGUGUACCACUAUGACAAAGGACAAGAGCAACAACUGGUCUACGUCGGGCUAUCCAGAGUGUCGUCCUUGGAUGGUCUUUACUUGACUAACGCGAAGAAUGAGUUCAAGUUCCAUCACGCUAAAGGAAGCGAUUCGCCGAAGAUGAAGGAACUUCGAACGGAAAUGGAGCGUUUAUCCAACCAUCGCCUUACCACUCUCAGUGAUGAAUUGGUGGCAUUCGUUGAGAACAGAGGCUCUGGUGUCGUGCUGGUGUCAGCCAAUGUUCAGAGUCUGAACGCCCAUGCACAGGAUAUUGCCACGGAUCAUGUGCUGAUGACCGGCGAUCUUCUGGCCUUGAGUGAGACGUGGCAGGAUAACGAAGUGUCCACGCAAAUCGAAGGGUUCACCAGCAUUUCUCAAUCUAAGCGGAUCGGGGCAAGAGCGGCAGGAGUUGCAAUUUACCAGAGAACUGGAGCAACAAGUGUGGCAGUUCCGCAUUCGAUAGAGAAGGCUUGUGCAAGUCACGACGUAGAGCUAGGAUUGUCGGACGAAUACGGAGACGUUUGUGCUGCUGAGGUUCAGAUUAUGGGUACACGCACGCUCUUGAUCUCGUUGUACAUUUCGCCAAGCACCACGACCAAACAGAAGAAAUUCUUCCUGGCACGGAAUCUCUUCAUGUACAUGAGAUCGAGCAUGCCCAUCAUCGUCACCGGUGAUUUCAACAUCGACGUGUCCAAGGAAGAAAAUAUUGAAUUCAUCGACUUCAUGAAGCAAUAUCUUCACCUGGAAUUAGCCACAGAUCCUUCACAAGCGACCACUCUCGGAGGAAGCUGCCUGGACUUGAUCUUCACACGUAAAAUUCGUGCUGAAAGUAGGAGAUACUGUUCGUACUUCUCGUAUCAUCGGCCCAUUCUGUCAGUGCUUGCGUUUCCCAGUGAUUCGCAGUCAUCCACAAGCACUGAGUAAGGGUCGUGCAUCUCUGUCGGUGGUUUCAAACCAUUUAUUUUCCCGCAGUCAGGGCAUCUCUGCCGGUUGAGGGCUCUGCUUUCCUCCGGUUGAGCUCUGCCUUGUUCUUGCACCUCAAGAACCACCGCAGACACCGCAGACGUCCUUCAAC